AUGACGUUUAGUCAACCUCUGACGACGCUUAUCCACUAUCUGACGACGCUUAGUCAACCUCUGACGACGCUUAGUCAACCUCUGACUACGCUUAUCCACUAUCUGACGACGCUUAGUCAACCUCUGACGACGCUUAGUCAACCUCUGACGACGCUUAUUCACUAUCUGACGACGCUUAGUCAACCUCUGACGACGCUUUUUCAACCUCUGACGACGUUUGUCCACUAUCUUGACGUUAGUCAACCUCUGAUGACGCUUAGUUACCCUCUGACGAGGUUUGUCCACCAUUUGACGUCACUUGGUCUGGCGACGCUUGGUCUGGCGACUCUUAGUUAUCCUCUGACGACGCUUGCUCACCCUUUGACGAGGCUUUUCCACCAUUUGACGACGUUUGGUCAACGCCUGAUUACGUUUGGUUUACCACUGACGCCACUUCGUCACUCCCUAACGACACUUGACCACCCUCUAACGACACUUCGGCAGACCACUAACGACGCUUGGUCACCCCUUCUUGUCCCGUCAUAA